AACAAUACAAGAAAAUGUUAAGUGCAAUGCUGGUAAUAUUUUUAUACGUAAUGAGUUUAUCGGAAGAGCGGGGACCGCACCACCCCCGUGGAUCGAAAGUAGUUAAAUAUCAUAGUCACUAUAGGCCAAAAAGAGAAGCUGAAGUUAAAUUAACCCAAGAUGAAGAACUCUUGCAUGAUACUGAGCAUUUACAGGAACAUCUCGAAAAUGAAAUCAAUGAACCAAAUUUGUCGCAAAUGAGUGAAGAAGAACUCGAGUUUUACUAUUUUCAAGUUCAUGACACUGAUAAAAACUCAAAACUGGAUGGAUUAGAAAUACUCCAGGCAAUUUAUCACACUUCGCACGAUGAUGACAAUAAUGCAGAUCAAAAUGAUGAUAACAAUCAAUUUAACUAUUACAAUUAAUCGAUAAAGUUUUGAAAGAAGACGAUACCGAUAAUGACGGUUAUCUGAGUUAUCCUGAAUAUGUGGAAGGACG